AGAGGGUAGAGCAGUGUGCGUGCAUAACGACAUGAUACGACGUGAGGCGAAAAAACAAAGUAUAACUGACGUGUCCUAAUAAGAAACAACGUGGCAAUACGGUAGUAUGGUCGCUUGAGCUCUCAGUAUUCGCGUGCUUUUCACUGAAACCGCUCACUUUCGUGCGUUUCUCCCACACGUUGAUGCUCGCAAUGCUCAUUCAAAACGCGACGAAAGUGAGCGAAUCAGUGUGAUACACCUGUUCGCUUCCGAUUUACAAGUUUCGAGUGAAGGUUAUGUUCUCGGUGGUCGCGUCUUCGGUCACGUCCCGUGAAGGUUGACUCAAAUCACACGCCUGUUCGCUGUUUAUAAUCAACGUGUCGUACAACCGCGAAAGCCACACCGAUGCCCGCGACCACGUCAUUGCAAUAUGCGGUGACGAGUGCGGAUUCUAACUCAUUAGAUCAUCGGCGAUAACCUUGAAAAUCGUCGUCUAACAAGGCAUUUAACGUGUAAACGUGGCACAUAAUUAUCGCGUCUAACGCAAACUUGCGAGACCAGGUGCGCAAAGAACGUAUGGAUUGUCGUUGACCCGUUGAACUUCGCACGGCUGUCAGCAUGAGGAGGAAACUGGAUAAGGAUGACAGCGUGGAGGACGGUAUCGUCGACACAAACAACGUUCAAGAGCCUUCCGAUUUGCGAGGCGACGAGAAAAACAUUGCGAUUUUGUUCUUCUUGUAUUUGCUGCAGGGAAUCCCACUGGGACUAUGCGGCUCAAUUCCUAUGUUGUUGCAAAAUAGAGGGGUUUCCUAUCGGCAACAGGCAGAAUUUAGUUUUGUACAGUGGCCAUUCUCAUUGAAACUCUUUUGGGCACCCAUAGUAGACUCGAUUUUCUCCAAAAAGUUUGGCAGAAGAAAAACAUGGUUAAUCCCAACCCAGUAUCUAAUGGGUAUGUUCAUGCUCCUUCUGUCGAAUUAUGUCGAUUAUUGGUUGGGUAAAGAGCAUGAGAAACCAAACAUCGAAAUGUUGACUGCGUUAUUUUUCGCUUUGAACGUGCUCGCCGCAACUCAGGAUAUCGUGGUAGACGGCUGGGCGCUCACGAUGCUUAAAAGGUGCAAUGUUGGAUAUGCGUCCACUUGUAACAGCGUCGGCCAAACAGCGGGUUAUUUCGUCGGUUAUGUUCUUUUUAUUUCACUGGAAUCUGCCGAAUUUUGCAACAAUUACCUGAGAUCAACCCCUUCGGACGAAGGCAUUCUGACUUUGCCUGGGUUCCUGUAUUUCUGGGGCUGGACUUUUAUCGUCACGACGACAUUCAUAGCAUUAUUUAAGCACGAAGGCAAAGGUAGAAUCCCGAGGGGGGAGGAGCUGAACAUGGAUAUUAAGCACGCAUACAAAUUGUUAUGGGACAUUGUAAAAUUACCAGCUAUCAAGACCACGAUUAUAUUUCUAUUGACGGCAAAGAUCGGAUUUUCAGCGUGCGACGCAGUGACUGGAUUGAAACUCAUAGAAGCUGGUAUACCGAAGGAAAAAUUCGCGUUUAUGGCGGUGCCCAUGAUACCGCUGCAGAUCAUCUUGCCGUUGGUGAUCUCAAAGUACACCGCUGGACCAAGGCCUAUGGACGUUUAUGUGAAGGCUAUGCCUUAUAGGUUGAUGUUCGGCGUAAUAGCCGCGUUUUUGGUGUGGGUUACACCGCUGGUGAUGAUCAACGGACACGUGCCUGCAUAUUACUUCGUUGUGUUGAUAGGUCUCUACUUCAUACACCAGAUAUCCGCAAGCAGCAUGUUUGUGGCGUCGAUGGCCUUCUUCGCGAAAGUAAGCGACCCGGCGGUUGGCGGCACCUACAUGACGUUGCUCAAUACUUUGUGCAACCUCGGCGGAAACUGGCCCGCGACGGCUGCACUUUGGUUCGUCGAUCCCUUGACAUUUAGGCAAUGCAGCACCGACUAUACAAACGACUGCAGCACACUGACAGAGAGAGAGCUCUGUGCGAAUACCGACAACGGCACUUGUGUGAUGCAGCUCGACGGUUAUUACAUAGAAAGUAUUCUCUGCUUAAUUAUUGGUAUCUCUUGGCUCAGGUGGGGCCGUAGAAAAAUUAACGCGUUACAGGCUGAGCCGAUGUCCGCGUGGAAAAUCGUACUCUCCCGUAAUAACAGAUAACAUAUCAAUCGUCGUUACGAAUCCGUUAAUAUCAGGUACCUGUAACCCAUUAUUCUUCGACGAGUUGAUGCGUAUGUACAUGCCGCAUGUUGGGAUGCGCCAUUUCCUGCACGUUUAACCAAGUGUUCCAAUUUUACAAAUCGGGCACGGGGCGAAAUUGAAUUGAUAAACGAUUUAUUCGUCUUGGAAAGUACAAUGUAUGUUAUUAUUAUGGAAUAUGUACAGAAUAGACAGAGAUCCCAUAAGAAUAAUCGUGGUAUAACGUUAGAAAAUAAAAAAAAUGAAUACGGCUUAUAUAAAAGAAAAGUGUAGAUCUCUGAUGAUUCUCAUCCUUGUUUCGUUUGGGCACAAAAUUUUAGUGAUGUUGAAAUGCAUUUGGUAUAUAGUAUGUACAGUAUACAGUAUGUACAUAUA